AUGACAUGUCUAGUUGACAGAUUGCUGGUGCCUAAGUUGUAAACAUUUUAAAAAGUAAUAAAAUUAAAGAUAAGUGUGUGUACACGUGUAAAAAUAUUCGUCGAGAAAGUUAAAGACCUCCAUAAAGUGUUGUAUACAGAAAUCGCAGUAAAAUAGCAAAUGUCAGCUAGAUUGCGUUCAAUAUUCAGUUUUUCUACACGUCACAAACGACGAUGAUCCCUUCGGUAUGGUUGAAGGGUUUAAAGAAUUAACUAAUUUUACGUUUUAUUAACAAUGCAAUCCAACAAUAAAACUAAAGAAAUGUUCAUACUGAGGGCUUUGGAGAAAAUUUUAAAUGACAAGGAAAUUAAAAGAUCCCACCAUUCACAGCUUAAAAGAGCAUGUGAAGCAGCUCUUGAACAAAUAAAAAAGGAAACCGCCGAAACCUCAAAAGAGGAUGAGAAGAUAUCGGAUGCACUCCCGUUACCAAAAAGUGGGGAGGCCAACGUCCUUACCACUGAAAAAUAUUUCCUACCUUUCGAACUGGCAUGCCAAAGCAAAUCUUCUCGAAUCGUAGUGACUGCUUUGGAUUGCCUGCAAAAAUUAAUAGCUUACGGCCAUCUGACUGCCAACAUCCCCGACUCUACCACACCUGGGAAGCUGCUUAUCGACAGAAUUGUUGAAACCAUUUGCGCAUGUUUUACUGGACCUCAAACUGACGAAGGAGUUCAGCUGCAAAUUAUAAAAGCGUUAUUGACCGUCGUUACCAGCCAACAUGUCGAAGUACACGAAGGUACCGUCCUUAUGGCGGUGCGGACUUGCUACAAUAUAUUCCUGGCGAGUAAAAACCUCAUCAAUCAGACGACGGCCCGAGCCACCCUGACCCAGAUGCUGAACGUGAUAUUCACCAGGAUGGAGAACCAAGCGCUGGAGGCGGAGGUGCAAGCGGAAAUCCAGUCGAAUCAGUCGAUGAACGACUCGAAGUUAUCGAACGGGACUGAUUAUAAAUCGAAGUCCGAGAAUGAGAUUAAGACCGAGAGCGAGUUGGCUGGGGAGGGCGUUGUUCCGGAAAUUAUCGAGCUUUUGUUGGACAGCGUGAUGGCGGAAGUGGAGAGCAAGCUGGCCGAGGCCCAAACGAAUAAUUCGGUCGAGAACGAGACUCAAAGUGUUUCGUCGUCGAUUACGAGGGUACCGUCUCAGGAGAGCAUGGACACCCAGAGCGAAAACGACUCCGCCGUAACGGCGAAAUUCACCCACAUAUUACAGAAGGACGCUUUCCUCGUCUUCAGGGCUUUGUGUAAGCUCUCCAUGAAGCCGUUACCCGACGGAACUCCCGAUCCUAAAUCGCACGAGUUAAGAUCCAAAAUCCUUUCCCUUCAGCUACUCCUAUCCAUCCUGCAAAACGCCGGGCCGGUCUUCAGGUCGAACGAAAUGUUCAUCACGGCUAUCAAGCAGUACUUAUGCGUGGCGCUUUCCAAGAACGGAGUCAGCUCCAUCCCCAAAGUGUUCGAGUUAUCUCUGGCGAUAUUCCUGGCGCUUCUGUCGAAUUUCAAGCUUCACUUGAAGAUGCAGAUCGAGGUGUUCUUCAAGGAGAUAUUUCUGAACAUCCUGGAAACCUCGAAUUCCUCCUUCGAACACAAGUGGAUGGUCAUCCAGGCCCUGACGCGUAUCUGCGGGGACGCGCAGAGCGUCGUCGACAUCUAUGUGAAUUACGACUGUGAUCUGGCGGCGGCUAACCUCUUCGAACGUCUAGUCAACGAUUUGUUCAAGGUGGCUCAGAGCAGGCACGGCAUAGAACUAGGCGCCUCGCCCAACCAGGAGAGAGCCAUGAAGCUGAGGGGCCUGGAGUGCCUCGUUUCGAUACUGAAGUGCAUGGUCGAGUGGAGCAAGGAUUUGUACGUAAACCCGAAUUCUCAGUCUACCGUGGGGGAACAGCAACACAGGGAAAACGACGACGCUUCGCUGAAGUCCCACGGGGGGUCCUCGAACAGCCUGCAUUCUAGCGAGAGCGGCGGGAAUAAGGAGAUACUGGACUCGCCGGAGCAGCUCGAGGUUCUCAAGCAGCAGAAAGAGGUUUGGGAGACGGGCAUAGACACGUUCAACCGGAAGCCCCGCAAAGGGAUAACUUACCUUCAGGAGCAGGGUCUUCUGGGGGCUACACACGAAGAAGUCGCCAAAUUUCUACACAAUGAAGACAGACUGGACAAAACGUUCAUUGGCGAAUUUUUAGGCGACAACGAUGAAUUUUGCAAGCAGGUUAUGUACACCUACGUCGAUCAAAUGGAUUUCACCAGCAUGGACUUUGUCGCCGCCUUGAGACACUUCCUGGACGGAUUCAGGUUGCCCGGGGAAGCGCAGAAGAUCGAUAGGCUCAUGGAGAAGUUUGCCAGUAGAUACUGCGAGUGCAAUCCGAACAAUGGGCUGUUCGCUAGCGCCGACACGGCUUACAUAUUAGGUUUCUCCAUCAUCAUGCUGACGACGGACCUGCAUUCCCCCCAAGUAAAAAACAAGAUGACCAAGGAGCAGUACAUCAAGCUGAACAGCGGUAACACGGACAGCAAAGACGUGCCCGUCGAGUACCUGUCCCAAAUCUACGACGAGAUAGCCGGCCACGAAAUCAAAAUGAAGAACACGGUGUGCAAGCCGGGCAAGCAGCAGGUGAACAACGAGAAGCGGAGGAAGAUCCUGUUCAACAUGGAGAUGGAAGCGAUAUCCACCGCGGCGAAGAACCUGAUGGAGUCCGUGUCCCACGUCCAGGCGCCGUUUACCUUAGCGAAACACCUCGAGCACGUGAGACCCAUGUUCAAGAUGGCUUGGACGUCGUUCCUGGCGGCGUUCAGCGUGGGCCUGCAGGACUGCGACGAUCCCGAGGUGGCGGCCUUGUGUUUGGACGGCAUCCGGUGCGCCAUAAGGGUAGCGUGCAUCUUCCACAUGACCUUGGAGAGAGACGCUUACGUCCAAGCGUUGGCGAGGUUCACUUUGCUGACCGCCAAUUCCCCGAUCAUGGACAUGAAGGCUAAAAAUAUCGACACCAUCAAGACUUUAAUAAUGGUGGCGCACACCGACGGCAAUUACUUGGGGACCAGUUGGUUGGACAUUUUAAAGUGCAUAUCGCAGUUGGAGCUGGCUCAGUUGAUCGGUACCGGCGUGAGACCGGAAUUUUUAUCCGGACCCGGACACAAGCCCCCCGAUCCCAGCUCGAAGGAGCACAUCGGACAGACCAGUUCCCAGAGCGUCGUGGUGGCCGUGGACAGGAUUUUUACUGGAUCGAUCCGAUUAGACGGCGACGCCAUAGUGGACUUCGUCAAGGCGUUGUGUAAGGUCUCGUUGGAGGAACUGGCGUACCCCGGCCACCCCAGGAUGUUCUCCCUGCAAAAAAUCGUGGAGAUCUCUUACUACAACAUGGGCCGGAUCAGGCUGCAGUGGUCCAGGAUAUGGCAGGUGCUCGGGGAGCACUUCAACACCGUCGGCUGCAACCCCAACGAGGACAUCUGCUUCUUCGCGGUGGACAGCCUGCGGCAGCUGUCCAUGAAGUUCAUCGAGAAAGGGGAAUUCUCGAAUUUCAGGUUCCAGAAGGAUUUCCUCCGCCCGUUCGAGUACAUCAUGAAGAACAACGUGUCCCCGACGAUCCGCGACAUGGUGGUACGUUGCGUCGCCCAAAUGGUCAAUUCCCAGGCCAAAAACAUACGGUCCGGGUGGAAGAAUAUAUUCUCCGUGUUCCACUUGGCGGCGGGCGAUCAAGAGGAAGCCAUCGUCGAGCUAGCGUUCCAAACGACCGGAAAAAUCAUCACCGAGUUGUACGAGAAACAGUUCCCGUCGAUGAUCGACUCGUUCCAAGAUGCCGUCAAGUGUCUGUCGGAGUUCGCGUGCAACGCCCGCUUUCCCGACACCAGCAUGGAGGCGAUACGACUAGCCAGGGCGUGCGCUUGUAGCGUGAGCGGCGCCCCGCACCUGUUCGCCGAGCACGGCGGUAUGGAAAGCGACAUGGCUGUCCCGGAAGAGGAUAGGGUGUGGGUUCGCGGCUGGUUCUCCCUGCUCUUCUCCUUGUCCUGCGUGGUGAACAGGUGCAAGCUGGACGUGCGGACGCGCGCGUUGACCGUGCUCUUCGAGAUAAUAAAGACGUACGGCGACACGUUCAGCGCCCACUGGUGGAAGGACUUGUUCAAGGUGCUCUUCAGGAUCUUCGACAACAUGAAGCUUCCGGAGAAGCAACCCGAGAAGGCGGAGUGGAUGACGACGACGUGCAACCACGCCUUGUACGCCAUCGUGGACGUUUUCACGCAGUACUUCGACGUUUUGGGGCCGCUCCUGCUGGAGGAGUUGUAUUCCCAGCUGCACUGGUGCGUCCAGCAGGAUAACGAGCAACUCGCCAGGUCCGGGACCAACUGCCUGGAGAAUCUGGUGAAUUCCAACGGUCACAAGUUCAACGAGGCGACGUGGGACAAGACGUGUCAGUGCAUGUUGGACAUAUUCAACUCUACCGUACCGUCGGCGCUGCUUACCUGGAAGCCGGAAUCGAUGAAAACCACGGCCAUUAUCGAGCAGAACGGCGACGCCGGCGUCAGCAGGGGCAUCCUUAAGAGAUCGAACUACCAGGAAAAUGGCGUCAACAAUUCCGACGUGAACCUGUUUAACAGCCUCACGAUUAAAAGUGCCGUGCAGCUGGAGCUUAUUCAGACCAUUGACAAUAUAGUGUUCUAUCCCGCGACUUCCAGGAAGGAGGACGCCGAGACUCUGGCCCUUGCCGCCGCCGACAUGACCGGGAGCGGGUCUCUCACCGAGUGCCAGAGGGAGGAACAGGGCAUGUACCGUUUGUUGAGUUCGCCGCAUCUCCUGCAGCUGACCGAGUGCCUUCUCCAAUCUCAUAGAUUCGCGAAAGCGUUCAACCUCAACCACGAACAGAGGAAUCUGCUCUGGAAAGCUGGUUAUAAGGGUUCCGUUAAGCCGAACCUGCUAAAACAAGAGACGCAGAGUCUCGCCUGUUCCUUGAGGAUCCUGUUCAAGAUGUACUGCGACGAAGGAAGGCAAAAGCACUGGCCCGUCAUCGAAAACAAACUGCUCGCCGUGUCCCAGGAGGCGUUAGAAUACUUUUUACAGUUGCAAAGCGAGGGGCACAGAGAGGCUUGGACGUCUCUGCUGCUUUUGGUGAUGACUAGACUGCUGAAGAUGCCCGACAACAGAUUCGCUGUCCACGUUUCGAGGUACUACCCUCUGCUCUGCGAGAUCGUAUGCUUUGAUCUCAAGGCGGAGCUCAGGUCGAUCCUAAGGAGAGUCUUCCUGAGAAUAGGCCCCGUUUUCCAUAUCACCCCGACAUAGUCCAAAGCGAAAUUCAAACAUUUUUUUAGUUGUUUAACCGCUGGCAAAUAAAUUUGACAACUCGUAAUCUCCGCUAAGGGAUUGUUUCAAGUACAAAAAGAUCUGUCGUUAAAUUUUCCUUUCACGCGUAAUUUAGGACGACGUUAUUUUGCUGAAUUGGAUCGGGACAACUCUUUGACUUUACGGAGACUGUCGCUUGUGUGCUAAUAUUUCCAGACAAAAAAAUUCUGGGAAAUUUAGAGGGCUCUGUAGCAAAUAGGCGACCGGCGAUGCGUUUUUAUAGAUUUUAUUACACUGUUCGUCUAAAUGUGGAUCAAUGCACGAAUAACAGACUUUCCACCAUUCUAACGCAGGUUUUCUAUAAGAUGGAGUUGGUUUGGGACUCGGAUUACUUUUUGUUGUCAAGAAAUUUGUAAUUCGCACUGUAAAUUACAAAUUUCUUUACACCAAAACGUUAUUUGAGUUUCAAACCGAGUCCAUUUUACAGAAAACCUGCGUUAGAAUGGUGGAAAGUCCGUUAUUUGUGCAUUAUUUCGUAUUUAGACGAACAGUGUGUAAUAAAAUCUAUAAAAAUGUAUCGCUGGCUGGCUAUUUGCCGUAGAGCCCUCCUAAGUAUUUUAGAUUAUGUCCUUGUUUAUAUAUUUAUAGUUAGAGGUGUAAAUACUAGGUGGCGACACUCCAUCUCUCUUAUAGUUGUCCUAUAAAGGUGGUAGUGGUUUUUUGGGAGUGCCGCCAUCUGGUGUUCUUGUCUCUAAGCUACUAGAUGGGGACACUCGGGAAGUUCCCGUCAUUCUUGUGCUAUAAACGAAGGUGGAUUUUUUGGGAGUGUCGCCACCUCUAAGGUUGGAUGAUCUAGCCGUAUAAAUAUAUCGACAAACGUUUUAUGCAUGACGGUUUGAAGUAUUGGCGUGCGAUUAAGGACGAGCAUCCUGUAUAUUCGCAGCCGCUACGCCACGGUAAAAACUUUAUUAGGAGUCGUAGGUGAUAACAAAUAUCUAAUCAUUUGUUUAUAGUUAAAUAUUUAUAGUGUACAUAAAAAAAAUCUUAGAACCAUUCCCGUACUAAGUGAUACAUAUUACAGUUAAGAGAUACAUAUAAAUAAAUCUAAAAUUUGUUACGUGCCUUCACUAGCAGUUGUUGUAUUUUUAAAUUAUUGAAUGUCAAAUUGUGACUAAUUUAAUCUCUCGAGGAUUGAGUUUUACACGCAGCCCUGCGUUUGUCGUCGGUUCGUACGUCUUAUUGGUCGCCUUUCUUUGUGAAUUGUAAAUACAAGGUAUUCGACGAGUAGUAAAUUUAUUUUUAGCAUUUUAUUAUCAAUAAAAGCUUUAAUAAAACCACCA